AUGUAUCCCAACCACCAGCAUCCGGCAAUGCCACCACCCCAGCAGCGCUCCGUCGCGCCAGAGACCUUUCUGCUGGCCGAGGAUGCGCAACAGAGCUUGCCGGCAGACUCUGUUGUCGCAUUGCAGCAGGUCGACAACCUCAAGUAUUUCCUCAUUUCAGCGCCCGUGGACUGGAGCCAGGACCAGUACAUCAGACGGUUUCUCCUACCUACUGGCGAAUAUGUGUCUUGUGUGCUAUGGAACAACCUCUUCCACAUCUCUGGCACCGACAUCGUCCGGUGUCUGGCCUUCCGUUUCCAAGCCUUUGGCCGCCCGGUCAAGAACUCCAAGAAGUUCGAAGAAGGCAUAUUCUCCGACCUUCGCAACCUCAAGUCCGGCACCGAUGCCUCGCUUGAGGAGCCCAAGAGUCCGUUUCUAGACUUUCUCUACAAGAACAACUGCAUCCGCACGCAGAAGAAGCAGAAGGUGUUCUACUGGUAUAGCGUACCGCACGACCGCCUCUUCCUCGAUGCGCUGGAACGCGAUCUGAAGCGGGAGAAGAUGGGACAAGAGGCGACCACCGUGGCAGUGAACGAGCCGGCACUGUCCUUCGAAUUCGACUCUUCUCAAUCCCUCUUCGAGCAGCUCACGAAGGCGCAACAGAACAACCAAUCGACGUUCAACGGCGGCCAGUCGUCGUCUAUGCCGCCGUCCCAUUCGACGUCACCCGUCCUCCGGGCGCAGGACUCUAUGCCCCCACCACAGAUGAUACCACAACAGCAACAUCAACACAUGCCGCAAACCACGAUGUCGCAGGCGCCCAUGCCUCAACACAGUAUGCCACCAGUCAUGCACAAUGAUUCGCUGACUCAUGUGCCAACUUACUCUCAGAUGGCGAUGCCUCCUAUGCCUUCUCAGAUCCAGAGAACGCGUGAGCACUCCGUUAACCCGGUCUUUGAUCGCAAUGGCGUUCCGCUGUCGCAAGUUGCGCAUCGUCACAGCUCAAUGCCUGCAUACAUGGAGUACUCACCAGCGCCGUCUUUCGUCUCCUCGCACUUCGAGGACUACAGUCAGCGAGGCAUGUCGUUUGAGCCAGUCACGCCCCCGCAGCAUAUGCCGACGGGCCAUGAGCCGGCAUACAUUGCCAACGAGGACACUGGCCUGUACACUGCUCUCCCUGACGUCGGUCUACAGCAACCUUUCAACCCUCUCAUGUCUGUGCCACCACAUCUGGCCGGCGCGCACUAUCCGUCGAUGGCGCGCAACUACCAGCCUCAGCAAGUCUAUUCGGUUCUUGAAGGCUCGCCAACCUACAAGCAAAGGCGUCGGCGGUCUUCACUCACGGCGGGCCAUCAUGCGGCUGGCGUGACCGGCGCAGGUAGCGUCACUGCUCACGCAGUCCACCGACCAAGCGAUCUGCGCCGCUCGAUGUCCAGCUCCGUUGUGCCUCAAGCUAUCCCGGAGGCUCAAGAGGUCACCUACAACGACUCCCCAGCGAGCAUGCAUACUCCACAUCAUCCCAACCAGAUCAUGGGCGACCACAAGGAGCUUAUGAAUCUGUCUCGUCAUGGUACCCCACUGGGAGCUGUGGAAGGCGCACACGAAGACUCUCAUGCCCUUCGCAUGCCACCUCAGAUGACCGAAGACUACGGCGCGUAUACCUCCAGCCCCACGCAGGACUACCGCGGUGCAUCACUCCAGCAUCAUGCUGUCCAGCGCACUGCGAACGGUGUCUUCAGGAGAGCGCGUAGUGCCACCGCCAGCGAGCUUGGUCCGUACCCGACAAAGAGCCACUCCUGCCCAAUCCCAAUGUGCGGGCGUCUGUUCAAGCGUUUAGAGCACCUCAAGCGCCAUGUGCGGACGCAUACGCAGGAACGCCCAUACAUCUGCCAGCUCUGCAGCAAGGCAUUCUCGCGCUCCGACAACCUCGCACAGCACCGUCGCACGCACGAGACCAAUCCCGACGGGCACGCGCCUUCUGAGGAGGAGAUCGAAGAGGAGCGCGAAGCUCUCAACGACCUCGACGACGCGGGUGAUGAUGAGGUCAACUACCUCGAUGUCGGCGCUGACAUGUCAUCACACCUCCCAACGCACGUCGACAUGCGCAGCAUCACCCGCAAUGACAUGCCUCCACCUCACAUGAUCUCGGCUGGUGACUACCGGUAG